AUGAGUAGAAGCAAAUGCCCAGCGGGACUGAUGCCUUCAGUGGUGGCCCCAGCUAAGGAGCCUAACGCCACAUGCCCGAAGGCGGUGGAACUUGUCUUGGUCAAGGAGCAGAAUGGGGUGCAGCUCACCAACUCCACCCUCGUCAGCUCCCCACAGACCCCCGUGGAGACCCAGGAACGGGAGACGUGGAGCAAGAAGAUAGACUUCCUCCUCUCAGUGAUUGGCUUCGCAGUGGACCUGGCCAAUGUCUGGCGAUUUCCUUACCUAUGCUACAAAAAUGGCGGCGGUGCCUUCCUGGUCCCCUACCUGCUCUUUAUGGUCAUUGCGGGGAUGCCACUUUUCUACAUGGAGCUGGCCCUCGGGCAGUUCAACAGGGAGGGCGCUGCCGGCGUCUGGAAGAUCUGUCCCAUACUCAAAGGUGUGGGCUUCACAGUCAUCCUGAUCUCACUCUACGUUGGCUUCUUCUACAAUGUCAUCAUUGCCUGGGCACUGCAUUACUUCUUUUCCUCCUUCACCAUGGAGCUGCCCUGGAUCCACUGUAACAACACCUGGAACAGCCCCAACUGUACAGACGCCCACUCCGGCAAUGCCAGUGAUGGCUUGGGCCUCAAUGACAGCUUCAGGACCACGCCCGCUGCCGAGUACUUUGAGCGUGGUGUGUUGCACCUUCACGAGAGCCACGGCAUUGAUGACCUAGGUCCUCCCCGCUGGCAGCUCACAUCCUGCCUCGUGUUGGUCAUCGUCCUGCUCUACUUCAGCUUGUGGAAGGGAGUGAAGACUUCUGGGAAGGUUGUAUGGAUCACGGCCACCAUGCCAUACAUGGUCCUUUUCGCCUUGCUCCUGCGAGGAAUUACUCUUCCCGGAGCCAUGGAUGGCAUCAGAGCAUACCUGAGCGUUGACUUCCAUCGGCUCUGCGAGGCAUCCGUUUGGAUCGACGCUGCCACGCAGAUAUGCUUCUCACUGGGCGUUGGGUUUGGGGUGCUAAUCGCCUUCUCCAGUUACAAUAAAUUCACCAACAACUGCUACAGAGAUGCCAUCAUCACCACCUCGGUCAACUCCCUGACAAGCUUCUCCUCUGGCUUCGUCGUCUUCUCCUUCCUGGGGUACAUGGCCCAGAAGCACAGUGUGCCCAUCGGGGAUGUGGCCAAGGAUGGGCCAGGGCUGAUCUUCAUCAUCUACCCUGAGGCGCUUGCCACGCUCCCGCUGUCCUCGGCCUGGGCUGUGGUUUUCUUCAUCAUGCUGCUCACCCUGGGGAUCGACAGUGCUAUGGGCGGGAUGGAGUCAGUGAUCACCGGGCUCAUUGAUGAGUUCCAGCUUCUGCACAGGCACCGGGAGCUCUUCACCCUCUUCAUCGUCCUGGCCACCUUCCUUCUCUCCCUCUUCUGCGUCACCAAUGGUGGCAUCUAUGUCUUCACACUGCUGGACCAUUUUGCAGCUGGCACAUCCAUCCUCUUUGGGGUGCUCAUCGAGGCCAUUGGGGUGGCCUGGUUCUACGGUGUGCGGCAGUUUAGUGAUGACAUCAAACAGAUGACCGGGCAGCGGCCCAGCCUGUACUGGCGGCUGUGCUGGAAGUUCGUCAGCCCCUGCUUCCUCCUGUUUGUGGUCGUGGUCAGCAUCGUGACCUUCAGACCCCCGCACUACGGAGACUACGUUUUCCCUGAGUGGGCCAAUGCGUUAGGGUGGACCAUCGCGGCGUCCUCCAUGGCCAUGGUGCCCAUCUACGCGGCCUACAAGUUCUACAGCUUGCCUGGGUCCCUGCGGGAGAAAGUGGCCUAUGCCAUCACCCCCGAGAAGGAGCGCCAGCUGGUGGACAGCGGGCAGGUGCGCCAGUUCACGCAACUGAGUGCACGAAUAUUAGUAAAAGCAAGAGAAGACUGUUGGCCAAGGACCGUCGGCCUGGAGGGAAAGUACCAUGGGUCAUCAGAAUGCACUGGGCUGUUGGCAGUACAUUCCACAUAGCUCUGUGCUCUGCAGAGAAGUCCCACUGUGUGUGCUCACUGUGCAGAGUCCUCCCAGCAUCUCCUGCAGUGGACUGUGGCCUCACGGGUGCCGCCACCUCUGUCAGCCAUCAAACAUACCCUGGGCUGGACACAGAACCUGCCCCAAGGGGACAAAGUGAGCUGA